UGCACGAAACUAGUGGGCCCAUCCACGCAAUUUCCCGCAGCCCAAAUCGAGCCCAAUCUGACGGUUGAGAAGGAUCGAAACGGAGCAAACUCUUACUAUAUUUAUUUAUCUCCUCAAAAAAUCUGUUCAGUUUUCAGUUCGCUCGAUUCCGGGUUCUUGAUUUCGUCCUCACCACGCCACGCCAACGGAUUUGCGUGCUUCCCCGCGAAGGAUUUCCGCGCAAUCGAGUGGAGAGAGGGGAGGGAAGAGAUUGAUUAAGAGGAGGAGGACAUGGGGGCGUUCUGCUCCAAGCAGAAUCCGUCGGGGCAGCAGCCGCACUGCUGCAACCACAGCAGCAGCAGCAAUGCCGCGCCGAAGGGGAACAAUCGGUUCGCCAAGUUCGGCGAUGAUUACCAUACCCUAGAGCAGGUAACUGAUGCUCUUGCACACGCUGGUCUUGAGUCAUCAAAUCUGAUUGUUGGGAUUGAUUUCACCAAGUCCAAUGAAUGGACAGGCAGAGUUUCCUUCAACAACCAGAGCCUGCAUUCUCUGGGCCAUAUCUCAAACCCAUAUGAGCAAGCCAUAUCUAUCAUAGGGCAAACUCUUUCACGAUUUGAUGAGGACAACCUGAUACCAUGCUAUGGAUUUGGUGAUGCUACUACACAUGACCAGAAGGUAUUUAGCUUCUAUCCUGACAACAAACCAUGUGAUGGUUUUGAACAAGCACUUGAUCGGUACAGAGAAAUUGUUCCACAACUACGUUUGGCUGGCCCCACUUCAUUUGCACCGAUGAUUGAGACAGCUAUUGGAAUUGUGGAUAGUAGUGGUGGCCAGUAUCAUGUCCUACUUAUAAUUGCAGAUGGACAGGUUACACGCAGUGUUGACACAGGUAAUGGGCAGCUGAGCCCUCAGGAAAGGGAGACUAUAGAUGCCAUUGUGAAAGCCAGUGACUACCCUUUGUCAAUUGUGCUUGUUGGAGUUGGCGAUGGGCCAUGGGAUAUGAUGAGGCAAUUCGAUGACAACAUCCCUUCUCGUGCGUUCGACAACUUCCAGUUUGUGAACUUCACAGAGAUCAUGUCAAGACCUGUUCCUGCCAGCAAAAAGGAGGCAGAAUUUGCUCUUUCAGCAUUGAUGGAGAUCCCAGAACAGUUCAAGGCAGCAAUAAACCUCCAACUUCUUGGAAAACGUCGAGGAUUUCCACAUCGAACAGUGUUACCUCCACCUGUGAGGGAUUUCCAACAAUACUAUGGGUGCUCAACAGUCAAAGAAACGCAAUCUACUAGCUAUGGGUCGCUGCAGAAAAAGACAUCAGCACCUAAACAGGAUAGUGACAUAGGUGAUCAGACUUGUCCAAUCUGCUGGUUGGAAGCAAAGAACCUUGCUUUUGGAUGUGGGCAUCAGACGUGCUCGGACUGCGGGAAGGAUCUGAAGGUUUGCCCCAUUUGCCAGAGGGAAAUCUCCACAAGAAUUAGGCUCUACUGAAGUUGAGAAUCUAUACGCAAUUGGCACUUUUUAGCAUACACUUACACUUUUUGUUCCUUAUGAUUUAAGAUUUUGCAAGAGGGAGCACUAGCUGUAAAUACAGUUUAUCAGUGUUAUAGAAUACUCAUGGUAUUCAAACUAGUACUGGUCAUUUUGGAUAGCAUUUGUGAAAUGAAUGUUCCUAUCAUUUUGGAUAGCAUUAGUGUUCCUAUCAAAUA